GUGGGGGUAAGUGUCAAAGCCGAAUCGGCGGCCACGCCAAGGCCCACCCCCUUCCCGCGCUAUAAAGGGAGCGGUGGGGCGCAGCCCGGCGGUGGUUGCUUCAGACACACAAAGAAGGAGCUCUCGCUCCUCAGGAAAGCCUGCCAGUCCGGAUAGCUACUACCACAGGAACAUUUGUCUCAGUGGAUUAUCCUCACUGCCAGGAGCCCAGCCAGCAUGAAACUAUUUCACGUAGCCCUACUCUGUCUCGGCUCUGUGACCUUCUUCGAGGUGGAUGCUACAAGGGCGGACGUAGCGACAGCGUUCAAAAGAAAAUGGACGAAAUGGGCACUGAGCCGAACCAAGCGGGAUGUGAAGCCCGCGAGCGCGCUCCGAGGACUGGGGGCAGCCGCCGACAUGCAGCUGCUCAUACGGACCCAGGACGUGAAGGAGGAUCCCCGAGUCUCGCAUUCUAGCGGCCGGGAGGAUGCUCACAUCCGCGUCAAGCGCUACCGCCAGAGCAUUAACAGCUUCCCCCACUUCCAAGCCAUCCGCAUGGGAUGCCGGUUCGGGACGUGCACGGUGCAGACGCUGGCCCACCAGAUCUACCAGCUGACCGACAAGGAUAAGGACGACGCCGCCCCCGCCAGCAAGAUCAGCCCCCAGGGCUACGGCCGCAGGCGGCGCUCCCUGCCCGAGCACCGCAGCCCGGCGCGCUCUCCCCGGCCCGGCCGCCGGCCCCGGACGCGGCGGGCGCAGUCCCUCACCCCCGUCCUCGGGGUCUGAGCGCCGCGCUACCCGGCCGACAGCGUCUCGGAUGGAUGGACUGAGGCAUGGACGCUCUGGAGGUCCGCCGCCGCUCGAGAGCCGCCUCCAGGAUGCGUAGAGCGCGCCUGUCCGGGCAGGACCCCGGCGCGCCCUCCCCGGGCCGGGGCGGCGGAGCGGCGGGCCGCGCCGCCGGGGGCCGGGCAGAGCGAGGGGCGGCCGGUCCCGCGGUCCCCCACCCGCGCCUGGCGCGGGGAAGCUGUGAAGGCCGCGUCCCGCCGGAGACGCGCAGGGGCUGCGCCCCCCGCAGCGGCGAGGCGGACAGUGACUUUUUCUUUACCCUCCCCGGGCGAGGCACCGGCGGCUCCCCUGCCCGCCGCCGCCUGGGACUGGAAGCGCUCGGCCGCGGCCGCCAUGCCGCCCCCUGCCCCGGCGCUGCACCGGGGGGACGGCGUUCCUCGGCGGCGGGCCGCGCCCGGAGCUGCCCCGGCCCCGUCUGCCCCCAGGAGGGGUUGCUCAGGGGUUGCUCUGCCCCGGCCUCGCUCUCUGCCCCCGGCUGUUGUGGGGGGGGGGGGAAGUGCGCGUUCGGCCCCCCGGAAAGGACAGGUCGCCUACAUCUGCUCUACCCUCUGCGUUAUCUGCACCCGGCAGGGAAUCGGACACUCACUAGUCCCUGCGGGGACUGCGAUAUACUUGAACGUCACAGAGAGGAAAAGUGCAAUUGUACGUGGUUUUUGUUAAUAUUAAGUGCGGUGUGUGUGGAUCAUGAGAUACGUAUCGAUAUUUAAGAUUGUUCUGUGUCAUGUCCUGUUUGUAUCUUUUUAAAAAAAUAUAUUUUAUUUUUAUACGUUUAUAUAUAUAUAUUGCAUAAGGGCAUUUUAAAACAUUGUAUCCCCUCUAUUUUCAUAUCGUGAAUGUCAAACAUUAAGCUCUUUUUCCAAUACCUUUUUUUAUCUUGCAUUCCAGACUGGUAAAAGAUGUAGAGAAUGUUAUCAUCUGUUCUCCACGGACAAUAUGUGAAAUAAAAUAAACACUAUUACAUAAACCA